AUGCGAAUCGCCAUUUUCGACGUUAGCCACUGGCAUUUUCCGCUCUACAUUCCCGUCUUGACCGAUCCUGGCAUCACACUCGUUGGCAUCUGCGAUGACAAGGGGUCUGCGGGUCCCGAAAUGGCUCGCCGGCUCGACUGCCCGCUACUGUCGCGCGACGAAUUGCUCGAUCUCGACUUUGAUUUCGCGAUGAUCUUCAGCCGGCACUCCGAGAUGGCGGCGACCGCCCACAAGGUCAUCGACAAAGGACGGCCCUUCCUGAUUGAAAAGCCCUGUGGGCUGAACACAGCCGAGGUUGCUGCGCUGCGUCUAGCAGCGGACAAGGCUGGCCUCUUUGUCGCCGUCCCGUUUAUCCUACGUGUGAGCGACUUAGCGCGCGAGCUCAGUCAGAGUGGUACGCUGUCGCCUACUGGCUACCGACAUUUGUCGUUUCGCUUCAUUGUCGGAUCGUCCACUCGAUACGAAACAAAUGGCUGCAAGUGGAUGCUUGCGAAAGCCACGGCUGGCGGUGGAUCCGUCCUCAACGUCGGCGUGCACUUUUUCGAUCUCCUAGAAUCGCUGACCGGAAGUCGAGUCAUCUCGGUCACGGCGCAAACGAAGACAUUCCGCAAAGAUAUCGACAUUGACGAAUUGGCCAUGUUUACAGUAACCAUGGCGUCUGGCCAGAUUGCUCAUAUCCAUACGGGAUACCUGUACCCCGGCACGCCCGAUGAUCAGCGCGAGUUCGGCUUUUCGGUCUCUCACGAUGCUGCAUAUCUCCAGGGAUUUGCUGAUCAGAUCGUUGUCAAGUCCGCCGACGGCGCGCUGCGGCACACGACUGUCGAGUAUAACACCGAUCAGUUCUAUCCCGUCUUUUUCCGCGACGCGCUCGCGCGUUGCCGCGCAGGCCGGCCGCCGCUUGUCGGUCUCGAGGAGGCGCUGCGCGCAUUGUCAGUCGUUGAGGCGGGAUAUCGUUCAGCCGAGCAGGGUGGCGCUCCGAUUGCGGUACCGCUGGUUUAG